GCCAAACAGUCACAACAAGAGGAGGAGGAAGAGGAAAAACGACAGCCCUGGAUCGUCGUCGACUUGCCUUGCGUGACAACACCAGGGGAUCGCGUCCAGGCUUCGGGUUGUUCCAAAUUGACCUGCAACAUGUCUGAUUUACUAAGAUACAUCGACUACGACCACAAAGCCACCUUCCUGAAGAUGCUGAACCAGCAGAGGAUGGAGGGCGAGCACUGUGACGUGGUGGUGGUGGUGGAGAACAUAGAGUUCAGGGCUCACCGCUGUGUCUUGGCAGCCUGCAGUAACUACUUCAAGAAGCUCUUCAAGAAACAGACGGAAGAGGACAACUCCAUCGUGGAGCUGGACUUCAUCCGGUCCGACAUCUUCGAGGAGGUGCUGAAUUACAUGUACACAGCGCGGCUCGCCGUGAGAAAGAAGGACAUAAAUAUGAUGAUGUCGUCGGGCCAGAUACUGGGGAUCAACUUCCUGGAUAACCUGUGCACCCAGAAACGAGAGCUCACCAACAUGAAGACCCGGGAGAACCAGGCUCCAGGAGACCAUGGGAUGAGAGCUCAGGACGCCAUCUUGAAAGAACUGGCUAUGGAGGAGGUGAGGAAGAACAGCUUUUAUGAUCAGGGGAUGGAGAGCAUGGGGCCCGGGGGCUCUCACGUGACUCAGCCGCACAACUACAACACCAACAUGAGCAAAGAUCCUCACAGCCACGGCUGGGGCUCCUCCUCCUCCAGCGACAUGAAGCUGGAGUACCUGUUGUACGGCCAUCGCGACCACGGCUCCUGUCAGAGUACGGGCGCCAAGCCCUUGGACCACAACGCCAAAAAGGAGCGGCUGCUAACCGCGAACCGCCCCUACGGCUGCGAGCACUGCCCCAAAGCCUUCACCACAGCCGCCCACCUCAAGGAGCACCUGAAGAUCCACUCGGGCUUCAAGCCUCACAGGUGUGUCGUGUGCGGCAAGGCCUUCAUCAGGGGCCCCGACCUCAAGAGGCACGAGAGGGUCCACAGCAACGAGAGGCCCUUUGCGUGUCAACUGUGCGAAAAGGCCUUCAAGCACAAGUCCCACCUGAAAGACCACGAGCGGCAGCACCGGGGCGAGCGGCCGUUCAACUGCGGCUCCUGCGACAAAGCGUUCAUCAAAGCGUCCGAUCUGAAGCGCCACUGGAACACGAUGCACAGCGGAAACCCCCGCAGACAGAUGUCCCUGUCCCCUGCUGCCUCCCAGCACGGCCAGGCGGAGGCCACCGACCAGAGAGACUGGAAAAUGGAGACCGGGCCACACUCGCAUAAUUCAGGAGACUGUUGAGCCUACAAACACACCAAAUCACACGUAUCCAUACACACACACACACCCACACACACCCACACACACCCACACACACACACACACACACACACACAACACGUAGAAACAUGUACACAGAGUGACACAGCCACAACCGUGUGACAGGCUGAGGGCCUGAGCUCACAUGGACAAUGAUCGGAGUGAGUAACGAGAUCAUAGCAUGUUCAUAAGACUGUGGGGCUGUAUUAUUAUUAUUAUUAUUAUUAUUAUUAUUCAAAGGAGUUAUGUCAGAGCGAUGUUUUCUUUCACCUGUAAAAUCAUGUAAAUGUUUAGUUCACUCUAUGAUACAUAUAUUUUUCACAAAGCAUCGUUGCUGUCUAGACUGGGGGCUCUCAUUACAUGAUUCUCUUUUCUUUUAUGGGAUAUGUAACAUUUAAAUGUUUGUUUAACCUCGACUGGAUUUUUAUGGAGAGAGAAAAAAAGAGAGAAGCAGAGCGCGGGGGGAUUUUCUGCAUAACAUUUGUUGCAUCGAGUAUAUUCAUGUGGAUGUUUUUAAUGGAUGUGUUUAGUUGUAUUGAUUGAUAUUACACUGUAAGAGUAAGAGUCACAGUUUUGCAUUUGAUGCAGAUGAUACCAAAGUCUUGGGCCUCUGACGGAUCGUCUUUGAAGGCUGUCCUGCCCCAAGCAACCGGCCAACUAGAUUUACUGUUAUACAGUAUAACUGUCAUCCAUGCUAUCAACAGUCAAUGAUAGAUGUCUGUAUAUACUGUAGCUUAGUUUGUUGCACAAUUAGAGUACACAAUAAUGAAUUAUGCACAUAUAACAUUGUCCUACUCCUACACUUUGACAAUAAACACCAUUUGCUGUGUUUUA